AUGGACUUCUUGAGCCUCUUCGUUCUCUAUGUCUUCCUGGUUCUGCUGACCGUUCUCCUGGUCUGCCUCUAUGCUGGAAGGAAGCAAAGUUUGCCUUCAAGAACUGUCAGUUGGUUUGCUCAGGUGCUUUCUCAUGUAAUCCCAGGCCAAGUUCACGGAGCUGCUCAGAGGGUGCUUCACCGCCUCUUCCACACACGACACCGCUUCUUUGUGAUCCUGCACCUGGCUUUGGAAGUGUUGGUUUAUGGCGAAUACACCUGGGAAGUGUUUGGCUACUGCCAGGAGCUGGAGUUCAGCCUUCCCCUCCUCCUGCUUCCUUACCUGCUGCUGACUGUGAAUAUGGGCUUCUUCGUUCUGUGUUCCAAGACUGACCCUGGUGCCAUAACCAAAUCCAACCAGGCGCUCUUCCUCCACGCUUAUCCUUACGACAGGGUGAUGUUUGACAGAGGCGCCACGUGUGCCAGCUGCAGUACCAGGAAGCCAGCCAGAUCCAAGCACUGCGGGGUGUGCUGUGCCUGCAUGCAUCGCUUUGAUCACCACUGCGUUUGGGUCAACAACUGCAUCGGGGCUUUCAACACGAGAUACUUUCUUGUCUACCUGCUCACCCUGAGCGCCAUGGCGACGGCCAUUGCCGUCGUCACCACUGCCUUCCUCCUCGAGGUGGUCACUCUGUCAAACCUGACGCUGGGAUAUUAUGUGGAUGACGAAGGCCGAGAGCACCCGGUCGACACCGUCUUUGUUAUUCAGCAUCUCUUCUUGGCCUUCCCCAGGACAGUGUUCAUGCUGGGUUUUGUCGUCGUCCUCGCAGUGAUCUUGGCCUCUUACUUUGGCUUCGGUCUCUACCUGGUCCUGAUCAACCAGACGAGCUACGAGUGGUUUAAGUCAAGAAGAUUCAAGAGCGGGGUUUACAAAAACAUUUACUCCAGAGGACUCUGGGGCAACGUCAUGGAAAUUGUGAAACCGCUAAUGAGCCCCGAACCAAAGAGAAGGUGA